AUGGACGUUCUGCUGAGCACCGCGUCAAUAAUGAACUUGUGCUUGAUCUCCCUGGACAGGUACUGGAGUAUCACCCAGGCGAUAGAGUACCUGAAAAAGCGGACGCCUGCUCGUGCGAUACUCAUGAUUGGAGCCGUCUGGAUACUCUCAGCGCUCAUCUGCAUCCCUCCGCUGCUUGGCUGGAAGGUGGAAAGGACGCCGGACGACCGAUUCCCGCAAUGUCAGGUGAGUUCAUUUCAACACACUUGA